AUGGUCCUCGUAUCUCGCGCUGCUGGCCUGGGCAGGCAGGGGGAGGCCAAUCAGCCUGCCAAUGGAAUCCAAAGGUCUUACAUUGAAGUCUCCGUGAGAUGUCCGGAACUUGAUCUCGCGCCGACAAUUUGGAUGAUCUUGGUCGACCUGUGCAAGGAAAUUAGGGCCAGCGUGCCCGAGAUUCAUGCGCUGCACAACAUGAAGUCGGACUUGGGAGACGCGACUGGAUGCAAGGCUGAGCCGCGAGAAAGCCGCCAGCGGACUCGCCCACGUGAUCGAUGGUUCAUAUUCAGGUCGCGGCGGCGCGUCGCCAGUCCGUUCGCUCCCUCACCAUCCUCAGCGCGGUGCCAGCGACGAAAUGGCCUUCUAAGCCCAGCCUCCUUCCCCCUCUGGCGGACGAGAUCCGUUGGAACUGGGGAUGGCCUGAAGUACUCGAGUAUCUGUAGUCUGGGUCCGCUGAGCUGUCUGGCAAUAACUACUUCUCCCAUGAGCUUUCGCAUCGUCUGGUGA